CUCUACACCGAGCGCAUAACCCAAUACGUCUCGCUCCCGCCUGCUGCGCUCGCAGCCCCGCUGCCCGCCCUCUGCGCAUCCGUCUUCUCGCCCUUACUACUCUCCUACUUCCCGCCGGCGCACGGCAUCGUACUCGCAUACGAAGACGUCGUGCUCUCUUCAUCGCCUCCGUCAGCAUCAGGCGCCACAGACGACCAAGCUCCCGUCCUGCUGCGCCACGUCGACGAGUACGCAGCGCCGUUCCUCUGGGCGACGGCGACAUUUCUGGUCCUGCGCCCGCGCCGGGGGAGCUACAUUGGCGCGCGCGUCACGGCGCAGAGCAAGACGCAUAUCACGCUGUCGUAUCUGAAUUUGUUCCCCGUCAGCGUGCUGGCGACGCAGUUACCCGAGUCCUGGACUUUCGAGGCGCGGGCUGCGGACGAGGGGGUGUGGAUGACGGAUAAGGGCGAGCUGCAGGGCGAUGUGCAGAUUAGGUUGUUGGACUUUGAUGGUAGGACAGACGGGAAGAGUAAAGGCAAGGGGAUGAGGCUGGAGGGCAGUCUUGUGAGUGAGGAG